AGUACGGGAGAGGCACAGAGCACUCCAGCAAUUUCAGCCACAUGAAAAGCACUGGAAUUGAGAUCCCAGCUCAGAGGACACCGGGAGUUCCUUCUGCCUGGUAAAGAGUUUUGUGUUUUCGCACCUGGCUGCCUGGGACUGUCCUCAGGCAGUAAACAAAUCCAGAGAGCAGGAAUAAGACCUUGUGAGUAUGUCGAAACAGCCAAUUUCCAAUGUCAGAGCCAUCCAGGCCAAUAUCAAUAUUCCGAUGGGAGCCCUUCGUCCAGGAGCUGGGCAGCCUCCCAGAAGGAAAGAGAGUACUCCUGAAAAGGAGGAGGAGGCUCCUUCCACCUCGCAGGAAGAGAAGAAUCCAAUUCCUGGAGCUAAGAAACUCCCAGGACCUGUUGUCAACCUGUCGGAGAUCCAAAAUAUUAAAAGUGAACUGAAAUAUGUCCCCAAAACUGAACAGUAGUUCAAAGGGGGAAAAGGGUUGACAUGAAGAAUUGAGGGAGGAAAUGACAAUGGAUUAAAAUAAACAUGACUCCUUAAAGAUUUUUAUAUAUUUGUAUGAUGAUUAUGUACCUCCUGAAUGCCUAAGACUUUAGUAAAAAUAUCCUGUUUGUACAUUUAUAUUUCUUCCUUCUGGUUGGUUGCAGUUCUCACUUUAGCUACAUUUUUUUUGGCACCUUGCAGAGAAAAUCAGCAGAUGAAUUUACCAACUGGGGAGUGUGGUUUUGAGGAGAGAUGUGAUUUUUAUGGAGGGGGGGUUAUGGCAAUGUGCGUGCAGUGAUUUUGAUGUUAAGUUCUUUAAGUUACUCCCAGAGUCUCGUGGUCAAUAUUGGAGACGUCUUUUAGUUUGUCACCUUUUCAA